ACGCUAUCAUCUUCUUUUUGUCAUGACUCAAGUACAUUUUCUUCUUUCUCGUCGACAUUGACUUGUCCUGCUUGUCAGCUUCUUACAUUCGGUGUCGUGUCUAUAUAGAAGAGCAUCGCAAGAAGAAGUGCAUACAAUUUUCCAACAUGCUCCGAAUACAACGAAAUUCAGCUGUGAGCGUCCGGGAGUCAGAAAAACAAGAAUACGUACCACUGAAACGAGUGAGUGUCGAAGCAUUUAUACAGUCAUAUGCUGCCGAUGUCAUUAUCAAGCAAGUCUUUCGCAAUGAUGAAACAACAUCGAUCGAAGCUGUGUACUGCUUUCCGAUCGAAGAACAAGCAGCUGUCUAUGCGUUUGUUGCUCAUAUUGAUGAUCGAGGAAUUGUUGCUGAGUUGAAAGAAAAGAAAGAAGCACAGAAAGAAUACAGCGCUGCUCUUCGACAAGGUCACGGUGCCUAUCUACUCGAACAAGACGAAAAAUCGCAAGAUAAUUUUAUCAUCAACGUGGGCGCACUACCAUCAGGCAAAGAAUGUCACAUUUCUAUUUCAUACGUCUCCGAAUUAGAUCUUGUGCAAAAUGACAGCAAAAUUCGCUUUGUUGUACCUACUACAAUUGCACAGCGUUAUAAUCCGGACAAGGGUGCCAUCGGUUCACCGGCUGCUACCAUAUCAAAAUAUGUUCAAACACCCUCAAAAUAUGUCUAUAUUAUUGAAUUUGCCCAAGAAAAUAUCCAUUUGGAUCGGGAUAUUCUUGUUGAUAUUGAAUUAGCCGAAACUCGUUCGAAUACAAUUGUUGCCGUUGAGAC